CCUACCAACGCCCGGUUAACCGACGUCAUAGCAUGUUGACGGACCGCGGUCUAUCUUCGGAUCCUCCAGCUAUGCGCGCUGCAGCAAACCUUCCAAGCUUGCCUUCCAAGCUUGAAUAUGAAAAAGACCGGGAUGGGCUCCAUGCCAAGAUACCCCAGAUUAUUCCCUAGAGUUCCCCGAGAUAUCGUCUUCGGCUUACACCAAUCUUCGCACGUCUAGAUAACCACGCCCUACGAUCAUAAUCGCUUGGCAGCAUCCGUUUGGGAGCAUUGGUUGGGGCGUCCUUUCUCCAUGCAUCCACAGCGUCCUGAUCCUUUGAUUCAUCUCGUUCCUCGAAACCCGCCUUAAACCAUGGAUGAUGGGGAUCUCAACGAGAAUAUUGGUGACUACACGCAGGCCAUCGAUGGUGAUGAUGGUGAGAAACAUGCAGAGCGUCACAGUGCAAUCGGCGGAGACCAAAUCCAUGUAGAUCCGAGCCGUUGGUGGUUCGCCUCAUCGGCGUUUCCCAUGAUUGCCGGCACUCUUGGCCCAGUUGCCUCAGCCUUCAGUAUAUGUGCUCUCGUCCGACCAUGGCGCCAACACAUACAACCAGGUUCCACGAUAACUCAAGCAGACUUCAUCACCGACCCCAUCUGGCUCACCGUACUUAAUGCCGUCCAGCUAGUCAUCGCUCUGAUCGCCAAUGUCUUCCUUCUCCUCAACAUGGCCAAGCGGGUCCGCUUCUCCAUCGCCCAGCCCAUCACUAUCGCCGGGUGGUACGUCUCGGCCCUAUGUCUUGUGGCUCUGAGCGCGACGGCCAGCGGACCGUUACUGAAGCAGCCAGUGAUCGAAUAUGUGUGGUCGGAAGCAUUCUACUACGGAGUCUAUGCGGCCAUUCUCUACUUCGUUGUCGCUUCUCUCAUGGUGGUCACGGUGUGGGGUGCUCGGGCUGGACAUUAUCCUGAAGACUUUGAGCUGUCGACUAGCCAACGGACGCUGAUGCUUCAGACUAUUAUGUUCUUGAUGUAUCUUCUCGUAGGAGCUCUUGUAUUUUCGAAGAUUGAGGGCUGGAACUACUUGGACACGGUGUACUGGUGCGAUGUCACAUUGUUCACCGUUGGCUAUGGUGAUUAUUCCCCAGCUACCACGUUGGGUCGCGCUCUUCUCAUCCCCUAUGCCCUCAUUGGAAUCAUCAGUCUCGGUUUGGUAAUUGGGUCCAUCCGAAGUCUGAUGUUGGACCGCGGCAAACGGCGACUUGAUGCACGAAUGCUGGAGAAAAAGAGACGGCAGCUACUCCGACAUAUGCGGCGAAGUGGCAAGGAGGCCCUACUACAGCCGAUCGGCAGCGAAAAUCAAGAUGGCCCCACCAACUGGAAAUCGUCGCGCAAGCCGCCGCGUACUGAAUUCGAGCGUCGCCAGCGAGAAUUUGAGUUGAUGCGCAAGAUCCAGGACAAGGCGGCUACUCGACGGAGGUGGAUGGCCUUGGCUGCGUCCUCGACCACCUGGUUGGUGCUCUGGUUCGUGGGGGCAAAGAUCUUCCAGGUGUGUGAGUUACCAUACCAACCUUGGUCGUACUUUGACGGUUUCUACUUUGCUUUUACCGGCUUGACUACUAUCGGUUACGGCGACUUGACCCCAAUGUCCAACUCAGGCAGGGCGUUCUUCGUGUUCUGGUCCUUGCUAGCUCUGCCUGCUACGACGGUUCUCAUCUCUAAUGCAGGAGAUACAAUUGUCAAGGUUGUCAGGGACGGGACGUUGAAACUUGGAAAUCUCACUAUUCUGCCCGGGGAGCAUGGGUUCAAGAACGAGGCGAAGGAAGUCAUGUCGAAGCUAUCCUUCGGUGCCGUUUUUAAAGAGGAAGACGUCGAGGAAUCGCCACCCGGGUUCCUAGGUGCAGCCCAGCCGCAUUCUGACGAGGAUGAUGACGACGACGACUAUGAUGAAGACGAUGAGAUUGAUGUCAAAGAAACGAGGGGCUACGGCAGUUACAAGGAUGGCGUACUCCGCAAGACCACAUCGAACAGUCAAUCCGAGCCUGCUUCCCAAAGAGGCGGCUCGACCAACUUGAAUUCAGCUGCUGUGCCCACAAGGUCGCAAAAGGAGGCCCAAACGUCGGAUGCUCGCAACAAUGACAACAAAUUUAACGUGCCCAACCAGCUCGGAUCCAUGGCGAGAGAGGACAUCCCAUCCGAACUACCAAAGACACGCUCCGAGUACCACCUAGUCCUGAUUGACGAAAUCUCUCGUGUAACGAAGCAUCUCCAAGGCUCGCCUCCCCGGAAAUACACCUUUAAGGAAUGGGCGUGGUACUUGCGCCUCAUGGGCGAAGACGAGAGCAGCGCCGAGACGCACCGCAAGCCCGCGCAGAAACCACGCGGCAAGGACGCCCACGACGCCGUGCAUGUUGCCUCUCACGGCCAGACCCUGGACAAAAGCCACAAAACGGCUGACACCCCCCUCAAGCCUCCUGGCGAACAUGAUGAAGCCAAGCGUGGGGACGACGAUAAAUUAAAGUGGAGCUGGGUCGGCCAUCGGAGUCCUCUCAUGGAUACCAGAGAGGAGGCUGAAUGGAUCCUUGACCGCCUGGAGCAGAAACUGAGGGAUGAGUUACAGGCCAUGGUGAAGGAGGGCCAGGGCUCGAGUGGGUUGCUCCAGGUUAGGAGGGAGGAGGAUGAUAACGAGCAUGAGACUAAGGAGAAGGAUCCUGGUGUUAUGGGUGGUGACUGAGUGAUUUCUUCUGCAUUGGAUUCCAAAUUUACACGUGUUUGAUGCUGGAUACCCCAUGGGGUUUGAAGUCAGGUGGGGUUGAGUAUAUGAACAUGCGAGGGAAUUAGAUGGUUUUACGCGAUAAAACCUUGAUGUUCUCUACUUGAGUUGGGUUUGCUAUCUCAGGGGCUAGUGACAACUAUUACCAUACGAAUUAUCCUGAAUAUAUUCUCUCAGAAGUUAAAGUGCAG